AAUUUGGUCGAAGUGGCCCUUAAUUAACCAAUCAGAAGAAAAGUAGCAAAGAUUUCUUUGGUUAAUUAAAUGCUACUUUACUUCAUAGAUGGGAUCAUUGAACGCAUCCUGACCUGAUGAUCGAAAUAUUUGCGCAUGCGCGCGAAAAUCUCGUGCAGAGGGAUUUGUUAACUUCGUAUCACUUAAUCACAUCCGUAUUCUUCUCUGAAUUAUUGUACGUGCUGGUAGUACUGCGUCUCAUGAGGGACGAAAAUUCAUCAAGAAUAAAGAAGAAGAUUAUACGUGCUGCUCGUAAUAAUGUCCAAAGAAGAAAUGGAAAAUCUUACGCGUCGCCCCAACAAAAACUGCUCCGAAUUAGAUUGUCCGUUGAGAUUGCCGGAGACCAUCAAUUUCGCGGCAGAGGAAGAGAAGAUACUAAAAAAAUGGGAGGAAGAGAAAACGUUUGAAAAGAGCGUGCAGUUAUCGCAAAACAAGCCUAAAUAUGUGUUUUACGAUGGACCGCCAUUCGCCACCGGUUUACCGCAUUACGGGCACAUUCUUGCCGGCAACAUAAAGGACAUUGUGACGAGGUACGCGUAUCAGCUCGGCUUCCACGUGGAACGUAAAUUCGGUUGGGAUUGUCAUGGAUUACCAGUGGAGAAUGAGAUAGACAAAGAAUAUAAUAUCAAGGGACCUGAUGACGUGGCUAAAAUGGGCAUCAAAGAAUACAAUCUCAAGUGCCGUAAAAUCGUGAUGAGAUAUUCGAACGAGUGGGAAAAGAUCACUGGACGAAUGGGCAGAUGGAUGGACUUCCGUAAAGACUACAAAACCAUGUAUCCAUGGUACAUGGAGUCUAUUUGGUACAUCUUUAAGCAAUUAUAUAAUAAAGGUCUCAUUUAUAAAAGCUUUAAGGUGAUGCCUUAUUCUACUGCUUGUAAUACAGUGUUGUCAAACUUCGAAGCUGGUCAGAAUUACAAAGAUGUUGUUGAUCCAUCUGUAGUGGUGGCCUUUCCUUUGCUUGAUGAGCCAGGUGUGUCCCUGUUGGCUUGGACAACCACCCCUUGGACAUUACCUAGUAACUUGGCCCUGUGUGUCAAUCCUACCUUUGAAUAUGUAGAAGUUAAGGAUAACGCUUCCGGUAAUGUUUACAUCAUGUUAGAGACUCAAUUAAAGCUUGUUUUCAAAUCCCCAGAUCUUUAUACUAUACAAGGUAAGAGAAAGGGCGUGGAUCUGAAAGGAAAGGAAUAUGAGCCACUAUUUCCAUAUUUCAUGCAUUGUAAAGAGAAAGGUGCUUUCAAAGUAUUGAAUGAUACUUAUGUUACAUCGGAGACGGGAACUGGUAUCGUCCAUCAAGCUCCAUUCUUUGGUGAAGACGAUUAUCGAUGUUGUCUAGAAGCCGGUAUAAUAAAGAGAGAACAGAAGGUUAUAUGUCCUGUGGAUAGCUGUGGUCGUUUCAUAGAGCCGGUCCGCGAUUUUCUCGGCAUGUACAUCAAGGAUGCAGACAAGGAAAUAAUCAAAUAUCUCAAAGCUAACAAGAAAUUGAUCGUUAAUAGUACAAUAAAACACAGUUAUCCGUUCUGCUGGAGAACCGACACACCACUUGUGUAUAAAGCUGUACCAUCUUGGUUCCUCAAGGUAGAGUUGAUCAAGGACAAGCUAUUGAUGGCAAACAGUGCAACUUAUUGGGUACCAAAUUAUGUGAAGGAGAAACGAUUCGGCAAUUGGCUGCGUGAUGCCCGUGACUGGGCUAUCAGCAGAAAUCGCUACUGGGGCAACCCCAUACCAUUGUGGAUCUCCGAUGACCAGGAAGAAAUCGUGUGUGUAGGCAGCAUUAAGGAGCUGGAGGAAUUGACGGGCACAAAAAUAGAGGACCUUCAUCGAGAGAGCAUUGACCAUUUGGAGAUACCGUCGCAACGUCCUGGGCAUCCGCCGUUGCGUCGCAUCCCCGAGGUCUUCGACUGCUGGUUCGAGUCCGGUUCCAUGCCGUAUGCACAGAAGCAUUAUCCGUUCGACCAGAGGGAAGAUUUCGAAAAACAUUUCCCGGCAGACUUCAUCGCCGAGGGGAUCGAUCAGACGCGCGGAUGGUUCUACACACUUCUGGUAAUAUCCACCGCGCUGUUCGGUAAGGCGCCGUACAAGAAUCUCAUCGCCAACGGUUUGGUCCUCGCGGCCGACGGCCAGAAGAUGUCGAAACGCAAAAAGAAUUAUCCCGAUCCCAUGGCCGUAAUCAAUAAAUACGGAGCGGAUGCCCUACGACUCUAUCUGAUCAAUUCGCCGGUCGUAAAAGCUGAGAAUCUACGAUUCAAAGAGGAGGGUGUUCGGGAUAUUAUCAAGGACGUUCUUCUACCCUGGUACAACGCGUUUCGGUUUCUUGUACAGAAUGUCGACCAAUUUGAGAGAGAGACGGGAAAAAGAUUUGUAUUUGAUGAAACAAAUCUUUCUUUCUCCAUCGAUGGAAUGGACAGAUGGAUUUUAUCUUGCACCCAUACGCUAUUGGUUUUCGUGAAGAAAGAGAUGAAAGAAUACAGAUUGUACACUGUAGUACCUUAUUUAAUAAAAUACAUAGACAAUCUUACAAACUGGUACGUGAGAAUGAACAGGAAGCGUUUCAAGAGCGAGGCGAACUUUAAUGAUCGUAAGGAUGCGUUAAAUACUCUAUUCCUAGUUAUUUACACAAUGGUGCGAGUCUACGCACCAUUUACGCCGUUUUUAACAGAAUAUAUGUUCGAUUGGUUGAAAAAGUGGUUGCGUAUGGAGGAUGACACCAGUGUACAUUUUCAAAUGUUCCCAAAACCACGUAAGGAUUUGAUAAACGUGAGGCAGGAGAAGGGUAUAUCACGCAUGCAGACUGUCAUCGAAUUGGCGCGUAUCGUGCGAGACAGGAAGACCAUACCCACGAAAUAUCCCUUGCGGGAAAUGGUAGUGAUUCACCACGAUGAAGAUAUGUUGACGGACAUUCUUCUGCUAGAAUGUGAAAUAUGUGAAGAACUCAAUAUCAAACGACUAACAGUCACUACCGAUAAGGAGGAGUAUGGUGUGACCUUAAGAGCCGAACCAGAUCACAAGAUCCUCGGUGCUCGCUUGAAAGGAGAAUUCAAGCAGAUUACGCAGGCCAUUAGAGAACUAUCAGACGAACAGUUGCAAAAGUUCGUCGACACGAAAGAAAUUGUCGUGCAGGGUCAUAAACUUGAAGAGCAGGAUCUACGCUUGAUGUUCAACUUUGCUGGUCCGACUGCUCAAGAAUUAUCGAAGCAAUAUGAAGCUCACAGUGAAGGAAGCUUACUAAUCCUCCUAGACAUCACUUUCGACGAGAAGCUAUAUAACGAAGGAAUAGCGCGGGAAGUCAUCAAUCGAGUACAGAAGUUGCGGAAAAAGUCUAAUCUUAUACCAUCUGAUAAAGCUAUCGUGUUUUACGGUAUCGAGGACAUGGAUAGUACAUUGGCCAAGGUGAUCGUCAGCCACAAGGAAUUUAUCAAAAACACGACCAAAACUCCGUUAAAAGAUAUAUCGGAGUUUUCUCAGAAUACCGAUUACGUUAUUCUUUUUAGUGAAAGACAGACAAUCAAAGAGGAAACAGUUACUUUGUCAUUGGCUCGAACCGAAAUGACUGAAGAGGAUAAGAGCGUAAAUGUGCGCCCUCACGUCUUCAUUACACUCGUGGGUAUAAAACCGAGAUUCGAUGCGGCAUUCAAUGGUCAUAAAAGUCCUGUGAGAGUGUGGUUAUGCGUUGAUCAUCUUGGUAUUAUCACACAUGAACGUCUGAAACAGGAGAUUGAGUUGAUAUUCGGUAUUUAUGAUACUUCGUACGACUUGUAUGUCAAUAAUAAGAAGUUUACUAUAACGAUGGACAAUACGCCAGUAGAUAUAGACUUGUUAAAUAAACAGACGAUAAAAGUCGUCAAGCCAGGAAUGUCAUUGCCAUCCGACGAAGAGCUAUAUAACGACGGACUGAUGAGAGUUUCGUUAUCAAUGUGACAGAUUGAAAGGGAAAGCAAAGCGGUAAAUCUCAUAAACAAAAAUCGUUAUUACUUUAUAAUAUGUAAGUUCCUACAAAAGAGAUAAUGUUUUACAAUAUUACAUCUUUAAAUUAGGUGAAAGUUGAGUGAGAUCUAAACUAUUCAAUUUUUUUCAUCAAUAAAAGUAUUUAUACUAUAAAGCAUUAGAAAAUAAUAUUUAUCUCUUAAGUUAACAUUGCAACGUGUUCUUUCCUUUUGUUUAUUUUAUAUACAUAAUGAUUUAAUAUUUAAAAUUUAACAUUAUUAUGUAUAAUGCAGUCUUUUUCAAUAAAAGUUAUAUUCAUAUU